AUGGCCUCGGCGGUGUUUGAGGGCACGUCGCUCGUGAACAUGUUCGUGCGCGGCUGCUGGGUGAACGGCAUCCGCCGGCUCGUCGUUAGCCGGCGCGGCGACGAGGAGGAGUUCUUCGAGAUCCGUACCGAGUGGUCGGACCGCAGCGUGCUCUACCUGCACCGCAGCCUGGCCGACCUGGGCCGCCUGUGGCAGCGCCUCCGCGACGCCUUCCCAGAGGACCGGCCAGAGCUGGCGCGGGCGCCGCUGCGCCAAGGACUGGUCGCCAUAAAGGACGCCCAUGAUAUCGAGACCAGGCUUAACGAGGUGGAGAAGCUUCUCAAGGCCAUCAUCAGCAUGCCUCGCAAGUACUCCAGGUCAGAAGUCGUGCUCACCUUCUUCGAAAGAUCGCCCCUGGAUCAGGUGUUAAAGAAUGACAACGUGCAUAAAAUUCAACCCAGCUUUCAGAGUCCGGUGAAGAUCUCAGAAAUCAUGAGGUCCAAUGGAUUCUGUUUAGCAAAUACGGAAACGAUCGUUAUUGACCACAAUAUUCCAAACAGCAAAGACCAGCACGGGGCUGCGGACCCCACGGAGCACCUGUUUGAGGGCGGGGGCGAGUUCCCCGCCGAGCUGGAGGAUGGGGACGACCCGGCGGCCUACGUCACCAACCUGUCCUAUUACCACCUGGUGCCCUUCGAGACGGACAUUCUGGACUGAGGCCCCCCCGGGCUCCUCCCCCGGCCCGCCCGCCCCCAAGGAGACCCAUGUCUCCAGCAGCCAGGAGUCAGGUCGGGGGUCCAGUGCCCCUGCUGCUUCUCGGGCUCUUCCUGCCUGCAUCUGCAUCCCAGGACGCGCCCCAUCGAGCCUGGACCGACCACAAGUGCCUGCAAGACGGCCCGGGGCCAGGACCGGACACCCGGCCCUCCCCCAGGAGGGCAUCUGGCCACCCUCCCCCCACCACGUGCCCUCCCUAGACCAGCGCACAGGACGUUUCAAGUGAGAUGUUGCUGGGUCCCCAGGUUCUGGACGACACGGGGGGUGUUCUCUCACCCAGGUUUCCCGGGACCAGGAUGUGUGGCUUCCAGUCCUGCAUCCUACCUUCUUCCCAGAAGCCGGGGGCUUCGUGUCAGCCCAGGGGUGUUGGCGGAACGUUGGUCGUGAGUAGGGUGUCGGCUGCAGGCACGAGGGACCCGCUGGCCGGUGCCCACGUGGGGGACACAGAGAGGAAGGAGCCCUCCUGGCCUCCUGCGAGGGGUGAGGGCGCUGGGCCCUGCCCACCGCCAAGCUCUCGGAGAUGUAGCCGCCGUGUCAGCCUGGGAGACGGGAGCCGGGAGGCCACCGAGUGCUCCGGCGGGUCGCCCGCUGCCCUCGGGCAGAGUCUGGGUUCUGUGUGUUCAUCUCCUCACAGAGUCUACUAAGGACCAGAAUUUGCUCGUGUAAAUAAUAGUAAAUUAUUGAGAAUCCUAAUUCUUUUACACAGUCUGUUUUUUAAUCUAUUUUCAUGAAAUAAAACACACUGCUCUCCUCUGA